GGGUCAGUGAGUUUGGGGGACCCUCUUGGUCUGAGAGGUGAGCAGCACAGAGCCAGCUGGCCAGCGAGGAGAGAAGACGCUUGGGAGGCGGCUCUGGGAGGGCCUGCGCAGCAAUGGAGGAAUUAAUAGUUGAACUUCAAUUGUUCCUUCAACUUCUGGACCAUGAAUACCUGACAUCCACAGUCAGGGAGAAAAAGGCAGUCUUAAGUAACAUUCUUCUGAGGAUCCAAUCAUCGAAAGACUUUGACGUGAAAGAAAAUGUGCACAAACAAGAGGUUGCCAAUAGUUUACCUGCUCCUCCUCAGAUGCCUCUGCCAGCAAUUCCUCAGCAAUGGCUGCCACCAGAUAAUGGCCCUCCUCCACUGCCUUCCUCAUCUCUUCCUGAAGGUUACUAUGAAGAGGCUGUACCACUCAGUCCAGGGAAGGCUCCUGAGUACAUUACUUCCAAUUAUGAUUCUGAUGCUAUGAGCAGCUCUUAUGAGUCUUAUGAUGAAGAGGACGAAGAUGGGAAAGGGAAAAAAAUGAGACAUCAAUGGCCUUCUGAGGAAGCAUCAAUGGACCUUGUUAAGGAUGCUAAAAUCUGUGCCUUUCUUUUAAGAAAGAAGCGAUUUGGACAAUGGACCAAACUGCUGUGUGUGAUCAAAGAAAACAAACUACUGUGCUAUAAAAGUUCCAAGGACCAACAGCCUCAGAUGGAAUUACUGUUGAGUGGUUGCAGUAUUACAUAUAUCCCCAAAGACAGUAAAAAGAAGAAGCAUGAGCUAAAAAUCACACACCAAGGGCAAGAUGCUCUAGUUCUUGCUGUACAGAGCAAGGAACAAGCAGAUCAAUGGCUGAAGGUCAUAAAAGAAGUUUGCAGCAACUAUACUGGAGCUACAGAUUCAGAUGGACCAUCGUCUAAUUCUCCUGUACACAAGACUGAACUAGAAAAGAAAUUGUCCUCAGAAAGACCAAGUUCUGAUGGAGAGGGUCCUGUAGAAAAUGGAAUAGCUGCCAUCUGUAAUGGAAAAGAACAGGUCAAGGAAAAAAAAAGUUCAAAGACAGACUCCAAAAGCACUGUCUCUAAAGUAACAGGGAAGAAGAUUACAAAGAUAAUUGGCUUAGGAAAGAAGAAGCCCUCCACAGAUGAGCAAACCUCAUCAGCUGAAGAAGAUAUCCCAACAUGUGGAUACCUUAAUGUACUAUCAAAUAACCGUUGGCGUGAGCGCUGGUGCAGAGUGAAGGAUAAUAAGCUCAUUUUCCAUAAAGACAGGACAGAUCUAAAGACCCAUAUUGUCUCUAUUCCUCUCCGUGGCUGUGAAGUCAUUCCAGGAUUGGACUCCAAGCAUCCCCUCACAUUCCGCCUGCUUCGAAAUACACAGGAGGUUGCAGUCUUAGAGGCAUCAUCAUCAGAAGACAUGGGCAGGUGGAUUGGGAUUUUGCUGGCUGAGAGUGGCUCCUCUGCAGACCCUGGCACUCUGCACUAUGACUACAUUGAUGUGGACAUAACAGCAAGUGUCAUUCAAGCUGCAAAGCAGACCUUCUGUUUUAUGAACAGACGGGUUCUCUCUACUAAUCCUUAUCGAGGAAAUUCUGCCAAUGGCUACGCAUGUCCCAGUGGGAUGGCACUUCAUUAUGACGAUGUUCCUUGCAUAAAUGGAUCAUGGGAACCAGAAGAUGGCUUUCCUACUUCUCGUAGCAGAAGCACAGGAGAAGAUGGGCUUUAUGAUAACAUGGGCCUGUAUGAUAAUUUGCCGUCUCCAAAAAUCUUUGCACGCUGUCCACCGACCGACAGAAAAACCAAUAGGUUAUCUACUGACAAACUGUCUUCUAACCACUAUAAACACCCUAUCUCAUCCAAUCUAUCUUCUGCUCAGUCUGUCACUAAUACUUCUGCUGUGGGGAGGGGAUCUGUGUCACAGUUUAAAGGAAAGAAAGCUUCUCCAGCUACAAAUGGAGUUAUGGGGAAAGGAAGAACAUUAAACAGUCCACAGAAGAAAUCAGAAUUUGCUUCAAAUGUGAAACGCAGCACCUCUAAUGCAGAUCAGUACAGAUAUGGCAAGAACCGUGUUGAAGCUGAUGCAAAGAGGUUACAAACCAAAGAGGAAGAGCUGUUAAGGAAAAAAGAACUUCUGAGAAAUCGCCUGGCUCAGCUUCGAAAAGAAAGAAAGGAUCUUCGAGCAGCCCUUGAAGCAAAUGCUGGAAGGAGACCCCUAAUUAUGCUUGAAGAUAAAUUAAAGAAGCUGGAAGAAGAGUGCAAAUUGAAAGAGUCUGAACGUGUUAGCCUAGAACUGGAGUUGACAGAGGUGAAAGAGAACCUGAAGAAAGCCUUGGCUGGUGGCAUCACGCUGGGCCUGGCAAUUGAGCCCAAAUCAGGAACCUCAACUGCACAGUCUCCAGUUUUAAAGCAUCAGACACUGGAGAAUUCACCCAUCUCCAGCUGUGAUACAAGUGAUACUGAAACCUCUGUGCCUGUGAACAGUGCUGUAGUCAUGAAAAGACAUUCCUCUUCAGGCAGUUCUCCAUGCAGAGGCCAUGUGCUUCAGAAGGCAAAGGAAUGGGAGAUGAAAAAUGGAACAUAAAAAUAUAAUGCAGUCACUAGCACCCUGCUUUAAAACUCUGUUUGGUAUUGCUCAAGAUGGACUGAGGAAGAGUUUCUGCACAGUGGUAUAAAGGGUUGGUCAGUCCUGUUCAGUUAAUGGUCAAUAAGUCUAAUACAGCCAAGAGAAAGGUCAUCUUGAAUGUGUUAUUUUUAUUACAGAAACAUUUCAUCUGGAAUACUAGAAAAAUAAAAGGAACAAUUGAAAUGAUUUCUUAGCUGGAUCAGAUAUAUCUAGCACUAGCAACUGUGUUAGGUGGAAAUGGAGAUUGGCAUGUUUCAAUACCCAUUUGAAAUAGUUUUAGAUAGCUUUAAUCAUUUGAUAUGAAAGCAGAUGUUGACUCCCUACCGAGUUACUGGAGAAAUGUGGGGACAGAACAUUUUGUGGCAUUCUGUCAAACCUUAUGAGUUCUACAAAGGUGAAGAAUGGAAAGCUGUGGCCAUUGCUGAGGUUGUGCACCUUCUGUUUUCCACAGUGAUCAGCAACUAGAGGAGGCUGAAAUGCAAUUGGGAAGCAGCCUUGGUACUACCAGAAGAGGCCCUUCCAAUUGCAAGUAUAAAGGACUGCCAUCGUAUUUAACUCUUCUUUUUAAAGAUAUUUAUUUAUUAUUUUCUCAUGUUUUAAAUUGUUUUCUGAAAGUUCAGUAGUAACAGAUGCCACUUCACAAAUACACACAAAAACAAGCAAUUGUGACGUUCCCCUUAAAAGCCCCUUCUGUGACAACUGCCAUUUUGAGAGGGCUUUGUGGAAAGGAAGUAGAAAAUGGCUAAUAGAAUAAAUAAUGCAUUGUUGCAUUUCAAAACAUUCCAAGAAAAAGGUAUCAGAAUUGAUCUAAAAUAUUUUACUACAUUUCUCAGAGAAUGACUUUUUCUCACUGCUAAGAGGCAAAGUUUUUUUUCAACCAGCGAUGAAUAUCUAAAACAAAUUGAAAUAUUUGAAGUGAUCUCUGCUAAAAGAUAUGUGUUUCUGUGUAUUUAUGUUUAUUUUUCUAUUUUUUUAAAAAAUAAAAGUUUCUUUUCCUGCUGUAACACAGUGCCCCAGAGUCCCAAGUUGAAAUUCUCGAGGGUACUCACUGGGUGGACACAGAUAAGGUACAGUCUCUUAGCUCCAACAUCCAAUCUGCAGUAUGGGAACAAGGAAAGAAUGCUGGCCUGUUUUUGUUGUAAGGUUUACUGAGAUAAUGUUUAUGAAGUGCUUUGACUGCUUGAAACAGGUUGUAUAAAUUUUCACUCUUAUUCUGCACCUCCCCAAAAAACAUGAAAGUAAUUAAAACACUUCCUCUCCUUGUGUUUCAACACCUACGUUCUCCCUCCCGUCCCAAAUUUUGUAUGUGCUCUGAUGAAACUACAGAGCUUCUGUGUGCAUGGGCUACUCCAGUAUCAUUUAAUUUUCUAGCAUGUGAUGCAAGACAGAGACAUCCUCCAUUGGACAGUAGGUUGAUUCUGGUGAAAGGGCCAUCCUUGGUCUUUCCAAUUUUUUUUAUCCUGAUUGGAGAUAGAAGGAGCCAGGAUAGGGAAGAUGCAUUUGUGGGGACAUUAUCCCUGUAUUCUUGCUUUUGUCUUAGUCACAGGGACCAAGAAACCUCUUUGAGACAUGGCUGUUGGCAGAAGAAGGGGCCUACCAUCCCUCUGGGAAUGGGUUGAACUUAGGCUGGGGUACAAGACCACUGGAGGAUCUCUCCUCUAAGUGCUGCUUAAUGCAGUGGAAACUCCUUUGUCCUUCAGUCUUCCACUUUGGGGAUGCUGAGACAAAAGACAAGCCUGGAUGAGUUCUCUCCAAUGGCAAGGUAUUUGGCUUGCAUUGAAGCUCGACGCUGCAUCCAAGCUUGUGCCCCACCACUAUUGUAAUAAUUUUUUUCUCUGCCCCUCUAGGGCAAAAGCAACACUUAGAGGAGUGAAUUAGCAAAGUCCAAAAAAAGUUGUAACAUUUAUUUAUCUAUUUUUAAAGCAGAUAAUACCUCUGCAAAUUGGGAGUGGGCAACACUACUGCUCAGAGGUGGUACAAUGUUUUGGGCAUCAGCCCUUUUCUCACCCUCCCAUCCCAGCAGUAAGCUAUGUCAGGGACUUUCCAGAAAGGGUUUCUUGGCCCUACAGUAGAGAUAAUGCUAAACAACACUGAAGGCAGAAAGUUGGCUCUAGAACAUCUUAUUUCUAUGUUCUAUGAACCCAACAAAGUGCAUGAUAAAGUAGACGUGCAGGCUGUCAGUAAGCAGGUAGAGCUGCCCUGUCAAGAUGGAACUAGGAAGUUGAUAGUGGAGAGUUUGAAGCACAAACAAAAGAAAAGAGUUAGUUAUUCUUUUCUGGGUGAGUGCUUUGUUAUAUCCCUAGCUAUAUUGGUUUAUUCUAUGGAGAGAGAGAAUGGAUAAGGAAACCUCAGCACUCCAGUAAGUUGUCUUUCUGUUUCUCUUUUAAGCUGACCAUCUGUUCUGUUCUGGGUCCCUUUCACACUGCAGAAUUAUAGUACUACAAUUCCACUUUAACUGCCAUGGCAACAUCCUAUGGAAUCUUGGAACUGGCAGUAUAGAGAGGAACAAUAAAUUCUCAGCUAUAACUCUCCUUUAGUGCCUCUGACCCCAAACUACAAACCCCUGCGCUUUAUAGAGUUAAAGUGGGAUCAUAGUGCUAUAAUUGUGCAGUGUGAAAAGGUCUUGUUUCCUGAAUAUGUCAGUCUGUCAGGAGUUAGCCUUGUGCGCACCAGGCCACAUUGCUUCUUUAUAAAGAACAAUCUGGUUUUGUUUCAUCAAGCUUGGGAUUCCUAUAUUGGCCAGAAAGAUUACCUGCAUCUUAGACUAGAAGCAGCUAUUAGCCAGCUUUCCAACUUUCCUACUUAACUUUUGUCUUCCUUUCAUGUUAAAAAGUGAUGAGGGUUGUUUUGGCCAUGCAGAGGACAUGCUCUCUGUUUGCACAUGGAAUAGCCUCUACUUGUAUAAUGAAUGGAGCAGCCCAUGAUGACGUAUGGCAGUGGAGAAACAAAAUAUACAAACUACAUGCAGCAUAGUGGAUGUAUGCGGAACAGGUGGACAUCCUACAUUCCACACAUCCUCCCCAAAAUUGUCCCUCCAAAUUUUGGCAGCAAACCACCAAAAACAAAAAACUUAAAGCCAGCAUUUGCCACUUGUUUUAAAGGCCUUUAUGCAGUUUAUUGCUGCAGUUUGGCAAUAUUUGUUUGUUGUCCCAUUUUGGCAGUAUGGGGGAGCACCACCCAGGAUAGGGGUAUUGGCUCCCUGAUCAACCAGAAUUGCCCAACACUGCUGCAGAUGUGGGGUUAGUUUUGCCAAAGUCCUCUGGGUCUGCGCAGUGGUAUCAUGCCGCUGCCAGCCUCUUUCUUGUUUGUCAUUUAUUCUCCAGAGAUUGUCUGGAUAUUAUGGAAAUUUGGCAAGGGUGAUGACCUAAAGCAUGCUGACAUAUCAUCAUUAUCCUAUGAACUGACACUGCAAGAAAGUUUAUGCAAAAUGUAUUUUGUUUAGCCAAAUUAUUUUAAACUAAUUUAUUUGUAUAUUUCAUUUAAGUUAUGGAUGUAUGGAUGUAUUUAUGAUGUAUUCUAGACAACUGAUCAAUAUGUUUAAUGAGGACAUAAUUUCUGUUAUGGUACCUUUUAAAUGGUUCGCUCAUUUUAUGACACAAAGUAGACUAAUUAGAAUUACUUUACCAGAUAUGUGCAAUUUUAUUUUUCCAUUGUGAAAAUUGUUUUGAGCAGAGGGUACACUUUAAAAUUUUAGCUGCUGAAUCUUCAUCUCUUUUAAUAGGGUGGCAGAUUCCAACAACUCAAGCCUUUUCCAGAUU